AUGUCAGCCCCCGCCGCGCCUGCCGCACCCUCGGCGCCCGACAAAGGCCCUACCUUCCCCUCUCUCCGCUCCCUAACGAACCUCGACGACCUCCUCGUCGGCGCAGUCCUCAAAGCCGGGUCGCCGACAACGGUGCAGGGGAGUAAGGAGGCGCUGAGCUUGCAGACUACUUCGGUCAACUUUAGGCGAUUCGUCCAGAAGGCGGGCCCGAUCUUUGUCGCGCAGGAUGCGGUCGAGAGUGUCUUGAGGUGGGAAGAUCCGGCAAAGACGUUGUUCUUCGCUGCUUGCUGGGGCUUCCUUUGCUACUGGCCCUCCUUGAUUAUCCUCCUUCCCAACGUCGUGCUCGUCUCGGUCCUCCUCGCGACGUAUCAGGCAAAGAGGGCGACCGGACAGGCGCCGGAGAGUCAGGAGGGGCCGACGGCGUUGGCGAGGGAGCCGCCGAGUGAGGGGUCGGUGGAUUAUUUGGCGAAUUUGCAAAACAUCCAGAUCAUGAUGGGCCGCGUCGCGGACCUGUCCGACCUCCUUCGCUCGACCGUCCCCUUCCUGACCUGGCGGGACGAGCGCCUGACCCGCGCCGCCCUGCACCUCGCAAUCGUCUCCUCCUUCGUCCUCGCCUUCGCCGCCCCCUUCGUACCCUGGCGCCUCGUCUUCUUCGUCGCAGGCGAAUCAACCUUCUUCCUCGGCCACCCAAUCGUACAAACUUUCCUCGCCUCGCUCGCGCCUUACCUCUCGGCCUCGUCCAAAGAGCGCUCGAAGCUCGUACGCAAGUUGUUGGAGGACGACGCGCUGAAUGACGAGGAGCUCGAGAUGGAGGUCGUGGAGGUGCAGAGGAUAGAGGUCGAGACGAGGGUUCCCGGGGCGCCGGUCGAGGCGGCGUGGCAAGUCGAGGCGGUUGUGGGAGGAGAACUGCCGAGCGGGUUUAGGUGGUUGGGCGAGUGGGAGGACGCGACGCCUUCGGAUGGGGCGGUCGAUACGGAAGGAUGGACCUACCUCCACCUGGACGGCACACGCUCGACGACCCCGUUCGUGCAGGGCGAGAAAGGACCGGUUUGGGCGCAGUCGAGGCGGCGGAGACUCACGCGCAGGGCCAUCAAGAAUCCGUUGCUGUGA